AGUUGUUCCUGACACCACAGCCUGCACUCUCUCCUCUGCUCUCGGACACCAUGGGGCUCAGUGAUGGGGAGUGGCAGCUGGUGCUGAAUGUCUGGGGUAAGGUGGAGGGAGACCUCAGCGGCCACGGGCAGGAGGUCCUCAUCAGGCUCUUCAAGGGCCACCCCGAGACUCUGGAGAAGUUCGACAAGUUCAAGAGCCUGAAGAGUGAGGACGAGAUGCGGGGCAGCGAGGACCUGAAGAAGCACGGCAGCACGGUGCUCACGGCGCUGGGCGGCAUCCUCAAGAAGAAGGGGCAGCACGCAGCAGAGCUUGCGCCCCUGGCGCAGACGCACGCCACCAAGCACAAGAUCCCGGUCAAGUACCUGGAGUUCAUCUCGGAGGCCAUUAUCCAGGUGCUGCAGAGCAAGCACCCCGGAGACUUCGGAGCCGACGCACAGGGCGCCAUGCGCAAGGCGCUAGAGCUGUUCCGGAACGACAUUGGCGCCAAGUACAAGGAGCUGGGCUUCCAGGGCUAAGCCGCGCCCGAGCCCAGCGGCCUGGCCGCCGCAUGGUGUGUGCCGCAAGUGUCCGCUCGCUUGGGGAGGUGGCGGGGUGCGGCCAGGCCCUGUCACCCAGCCCUGUGCCCCCGCACUGCCCUGCUGCUCCACCAAGCUCCUCCCGCCGCACUUGUGCCCCGAAUCCUGGCCAUUUCCAGGCCCAGCCAGCGUCCUCCCGCCCCUCACCCGCCUGAGGAGCACGCAUGCGCCCUGGCGGAUUUGGCGUGCUCGUGGCUUCAAUAAAGGACUCUGCAGCUU